AUGACAGUUCCACGAGCGCGAGUACUAGACCUGCUACGGGCGCAAUGCCGAAUAUUCAACACCACCUUCAACCCUCAGAACUUGCGACUCGGAAACAAAGUUCUGCGGCAACGAUUACGAGGACCUUCGUUCGCCGCAUACUAUCCACGACGAGUAGCCACAUUCAAGGAUCUCAAGACUCUAUAUCCAUUGAGAAAGAUUGAGAUGUACGAUGACUUCGAGGAGGACCGAUUAGAGCACCUG